CAAGCAUCCCCCUUCCGAACAUUGUCAUUCUUUUGCCAAAUCAUCGUGUCGGUUCGACUCGACAUAACACUCCAAACACUACAUGAAUAUAUUGCCAUCCACUUACACUCACCAUCGGUGCCACUGUUGAAAGAUGAAGACAUCUGCCCUCUUCCUUGCCUGCGCGGCCUCCCCUGUCCUCGCCCACCCGGGCAUGGAUCGCGUCAUAGCCGAGAUCCAAGCUCGUGAUGAUUUCGUGCUCAAUGCCCGUUCCACCAGUCUCCUGGGGGAUUUAGUCAACGGGGUCCUCACAGCCGUAGGACAGACCAUCAGUAACAUCCUCACACAAGCCACAAGUGCCAUCGCCCCAGGCACCAGCGCGGCCUACAAGCCCCCCGGAGCCCUCGGCUCGCCCGCCUGCACAAAAGACCCCCUCUGCGUAUGGUACUACGUCGCCACCGACAUGUGGGGCGACUUCGCCGACGCAAACGGCUGCACCGAUCUCGGCCGCGGCGCCAUACGGCUUGGUUUCCACGACGCCGCCGCCUGGGACGUGUCCUCGUCGUACGGCGGCGCAGACGGCUCGAUCCUCCUCACGGACGAGCUCAGCCGCAGCGAGAACCGCGGCCUCGAGGAAAUCGGCGCCCAGACGAAGACAUACUACACCACGUACCACCCGUACGGCGCCGGCAUGGCCGACAUCAUCCAGCUCGGCGCCCUCGUCGGCACAGUCGCGUGUCCCGGCGGCCCGCGGAUCCGCGCCUUCGCCGGCCGCAAGGAUAACCCCGUCGCGGCGCCCCCGGGAAAGCUGCCGUUACCAUCUAUGGACGCGCCCACGCUGAUCUCCCUGUUUUCCAAGAAGACGUUCACGGCGAGCGACCUCGUGGCUCUCGUCGGCGCCCAUACCGCCGCGCGACAGCGCUUCGUCGACCCGAGCCGCGCCGGCGCCGCGCUCGACUCCGACCCGCAGAUCUGGGACGCCUCGUUCUACGCCGAGACGCUGACGGGGAACAAUAAGACCUUCUUCAUUCUGCAUAGCGACAAGGCGCUCGCUACGUACUCCACGACCAAGGCGCAGUGGAAGACGUUUGCGGGAUCGACUGGGCAGGCUUUGUGGAGUCCCGCUUAUGCCCAGGCUUACUUCCGCAUGAGCUUGUUAGGGGUUAAUAACUUAAAUCAGCUUACGGAGAUCACUAAGGUCCUUCCUUCGCGGUGAAUAAGCGGGGGUGGAUCUUUUUUGUAUUUUCUUGUAUGUGUAUUAUAUCUAUGGGUAUCUUCAUCGUUUCCAUGACUGGUAUAGCUGCGGAGUGGCGGCCGGAAGCCCAGAUACUUCUACAUGAAGGCGUUAUAGUGUAUCAUAUUGUUAGCAGUUCGGUGUUUUUGAUCGUUAGGUGGAGGUCACAUGGUUGAACCGUACUUGUAUGCUACAUGCGUAAAUCAUAGCUCAGCGUGGCUUUAUGUACAGCUACGCGAAUCCUACACGUUUUCUAAGCUCAUAUAAGACGGAGACGCUACAACUCUAAUAGACCGUUCCAACCCAGCCAAAGGUCAAUAAAACAUAU